AUGGUUGGCGAUCAGGACAUUAAAGCUCACUUUGCUGUCGUUGCUCAUCCUCAGGCAAAUGGGCAAGUAGAAGCAUUCAAUAAGAUCCUCUCAAGUGGCAUAAAAAAGAAGCUGGAUAAUGCCAAGGGAUUAUGGGUGGAAGAAUUGCAGUUGGUUCUUUGGUCAAUCAGAACGACGGCCAAGAACUCGAUCGGGGGAACCCCAUUUAUGCUCGUCUACGGCUCGAAAGCCAUCCUGCCUAUUGAGAUAGAAGAACCAACUCUACGAGUCAUGUUAUAUUCAGAGGAAGCCACCUGGGCUGCUCUUCGCACGGCUUUGGAUCAGGUUCCUGAAGUCAGGGGCAAUGCUCUAUUGAGAAUGCAGCUGUAUAAGUUGAGUAUGGCUCGAGAGUUUAACAAAAGGGUAGCUAGGCGGCCAUUAAAGGUUAGAGAUCUUGUCCUAAGGAAAAUGGAAGCGGUCGGCCGGGUAAAGGAAAUGGGUAAGCUCACACCGAACUAG